UCUCCAUUAUUUAGUGCUAGAGCACAAGAGUGAAAAUAUACCACAGAAUCAGUUGAACUACAAGGAAUCCCAACAAAUCCCAAACACACUUGAAUGUAAUCUACACCAAGGACUAACACAUGUUUGUGUGUCCCUCUCCAGAGGUGACCCAGCAGUAUGAAGGCUCAGAGGUGUGGUGGUGGAUCGGCCCUUUCAGGCCUCGCUGCCCCCGGGAGCCGCUGGAAACCCUUUGUCGGUCUCAAGAGGCCACUGUGUGAUCUGAAGUGCCAAACAGCAGGAGUCUAAGACUCCAAAGCUUCCAUUGUGUGUGACAUCACUGUUCUCUUCUGUCUUUGUCUUCAUCCACUGCUGUGCCCGUGUGUCCAUGACCGUGCCCGUGCAAGAGGGAGUGAUUCACUUACGGUUUAUUGACACAUGCAAACGAGGAAUAUUGGAUUACCUUGCACCGCUUAUGUUUGUUUUGAUGGAUUUACUGUACAGAAUGAGCUCUGUGAGAGCUGCCAAUCAUCCUGGUGGAUUUAACAUGUCAUGCCAUCAUGCAGAUCUGCGGUCAUCCACGUUAAUGCUUUGAUGGCAAGGGAUCUACGUGUUUUUUUCUUUCCUCUACCUGAUUUUAAACUCUGUAAACAUCAAUGAAUGCACACAAGCAGAUUUUGGACGGAUACUUUUGAGAACUUUUUUCCAAGGAAAGGAUUUGUGAGGGGGUGGCGUCAGAACGCGACAGUGUUUUAAACAAACUGUCAGCUCUUUAAAGAGGAAAAACCAUGGCUUCGGUGUGGAAGAGACUGCAGCGUGUUGGGAAACAUGCCUCCAAAUUCCAGUUCGUCGCCUCCUACCAGGAACUCAUGGUGGAAUGCACAAAGAAAUGGCAACCAGAUAAGCUAGUUGUUGUCUGGACUCGGAGGAGCAGAAGGAAAUCAUCUAAGUCUCAUAGCUGGCAGCCUGGCAUCAAGAAUCCCUAUAGAGGAGUGGUGGUGUGGCCGGUUCCAGAGAACAUAGAGAUCACUGUCACCCUGUUUAAGGAUCCCCACGCAGAAGAGUUUGAAGACAAAGAGUGGACAUUUGUCAUAGAAAAUGAAUCUCCGUCGGGUCGCCGGAAAGCGCUGGCCACCAGCUGCAUUAACAUGAAGCAGUACGCCAGUGCCAUGCCCACACAGACAGACGUCAAGCUCAAGUUCAAGCCGCUGUCCAAGAAAGUGGUUUCAGCAACGCUACAGUUCUCCCUGUCCUGCAUCUUCCUGCGAGAGGGCAAAGCCACUGAUGAAGAUAUGCAGAGUCUGGCCAGUCUGAUGAGCAUGAAGCAGGCCGAUAUUGGCAAUCUGGAUGAUUUUGAGGAAGAGAAUGAGGAAGAUGAGGAGAACAGAGUGAACCAGGAGGAGAAGGCCGCCAAGAUCACAGAGAUUGUGAGGCAGCUGAAUGCUCUCAGCUCUAUAGAUGGAGAUCCAGAUGACUGCCUAAAGCAAGCAAAUAAGCCUGCCUCCUCUUCUGAAGAGCUCAUCAGUAAGUUGAACUUCCUGGAUCAGGAGGACCAAGACCAGAGCAACAUGAGCUCUAACCCCUUCAAUGAACCUAAUGACCUGGUUGACCUUAAUCCUUUUGGUGACCCGGAUGAGGAUGAAGCAUCUCCUGAGUCCCAUGUUUGGCCCACUAUCAAAGAUCAGGAGCCUGUGUGUGAUCAGGACACCACUUAUCCCUCAAACCCAUUUGAUGAGACUGACACAGACCCAGAUCCUUCUCAAUGCGGGAACCCGUUUGACGAAGCUGAGUCUGAGCCCGAACCCCAGCCUAAAAUAUCUCCACCCAGAAGCAGCAAGAGAAAAAACGUCCGGCCGGUGGACAUGAGCAAAUACCUGUACGCCAACACAGCCAGGACAGAGGAGGAGGAGCUAGAUGAAUCAAACCCGUUCUAUGAGCCCAGGUCCUCCACCACAGACAGCAACACCUCAGAUAAGAGCACCAAACGCCGGGCCCCUCAGGCUCCUAGUGCUGGACCCAACACUGCUGUGGCCCCUGGAGGCCCGGCACCAAAAACUUCAGCUCCUGAAGGAACGUCCACUCCACCUGCCCUGGCACCCUCAGCUGUCACAGCUGUGAUUGGGAGAGAGUUGGCCUCAUCUUCACCUAAGCCCAGUCCAAUUCCCAGUCCUGUUCUUGGUGGGAGGCCGAAUGCAAGUCAGUCCCUAUUGGCCUGGUGUCGUGAGGUCACGAAAAACUACAGAGGUGUCAAAAUCACCAACUUCACCACUUCCUGGAGGAAUGGACUGGCAUUCUGUGCCAUUUUACACCACUUCAGACCUGAGUUUAUUGACUACAAGGCUCUCAAUCCUCAAGAUAUUAAAGAAAACAACAAAAAGGCAUAUGAUGUUUUUGCCAGUCUGGGAAUCUCUCGGCUCCUAGAGCCGUCUGACAUGGUUCUGCUGGCGAUCCCGGAUAAGCUGACAGUGAUGACGUACCUGUAUCAGAUCCGGGCACAUUUCAGUGGUGAGGAACUCAACAUUGUGCAGAUCGAAGCCAACAGCAGUCGUAGCACGUACAAAGUUGGAGAUUUCGAAACAGACACAAACAGUUCUAUUGACCAAGACAAGUUCUAUGCCGAACUCAACGACAUGAACCGUGAACCCACUGAUCAGGAUGUCGCAGAAAGUAAUAGUGAGCAUGGUGAGAAAGAGGAAGUGAAGUCGGUCGUGACAGGCGGGGGAUCUGGUUCUCUGUCUGUCUCACCUGGUGAAGUUUUAAAAGAAGUAGCUCCAUCUUUACGGGUGUCAAAAGCAGGCCGCGAUUCUCCAGCAGCUCCGACGAUCACAGAACUUCAUCCACGACCCGCCCAGAGCACCAGAACCAGCCUGGAGACCUCCACCAGCCAUCCUCCUUCUGCAGAACAGAAAAAGCUCCUCAAAGCAGAUUCACUGGACUUGGUUGACCUGUCUCACAGGCUGGAGAGAAGGCAGUCGGGUGGGUUGACCACGGCUGAGACCAGAGUCUCCAGGGAGCAGCACAAGGCCCCACAACCUGCCGAAAAACAAACUGAAUCUGGGCAGACCGGGUCUUCUCUAGCAAACACACACAAACUGGGCUUCACGUACAACAGAGACGCCGAUCUUAUCAAGAAGAAGAGAGAGAAUUUGCGCCACUCGGAAUCUGACAGCACGUCAGACAGCAGUGCCCAGACCAACCACACACACACACCCGGUAAACACACACAGGAGGUUUUAACUGCCCCAGUGUCUAACAACAAGGAAGAGAAGAAGGUCCUGUCUCGUCAAGAGGAGCUGAAGGAGAGGGCCAGGCUGCUAUUGGAACAGGCCCGUAGAGAUGCCGCCAUGAAGGCUGGAAACAAAAGCACCACUAACGCACAGUCGCCUACUCACACUCCACAGAUUAUUGAUGAGCGUGAUGAAGAACGGCGCAGGCAGCUGCGAGAGAGAGCCAGGCAGCUGAUAGCGGAGGCUCGAUCUGGAGUAAAGAUGGCGGAACUGCCUCUCUAUACUGACUCCACCUCUAUUGCCUGUAGUGCAGCUGGGAACAACUUAAAAGGAAGGUCAAAGACAGCUGGAGACGUGUUGGAUGGGGUGAGUGUGGAGGGUGUGGAUGAGGAGGGCAGGAGUGAUAUUGAGGCGGCGGCGUCUCACGCUGAUGAUGUCACACAUACUAACCCUGAGGAGGAGCUGUCUUCUUCAUGUCUAAUGGAUGAUGAUUUUACUAACUCUGCCAGUGACCUGGCCUCUCUGGGUGUGAUGAACAGCAGGCAUGUAGACCUGAAGCUCAAGAAGCUCACAGAGUUUCGGCCACAGGGUGGCAGCUCUCCUUCCUCCUCAUCCUCUUCUUCAUCACUGACGGCAUCCAGUACUUCACCCCUCAGCCCUGAAUCAGGCGGCCUGCAGAAUAAUGUGGACGAAUUGCACGCAGAGCGUCUCCGCAGGGCUACGGAACGUCUGCGUAGUCCCGUUGUCUUCCACAAGGAGUCUGCUGUCAGGAAAACACAGCUCAAAUCAUUCAGCCAAUACGUAGAGACCAGGCCAGAGGUUAAAAGGCAGAGAUCCGUGCCUGAAGAUCUGAAGAGGGUUGGCGAGGAGAGAGGAGCUCUGACAGAGAUGGAAGGACGAAGGCCAACUGAAGAUGAACAGAAAGCGUUCAAAGACACCAGUCAGUACGUGGUGGGAGAACUGGCGGCGCUGGAGAGCGAGCAGAGGCAGAUCGACACGCGGGCCUCGCGUGUGGAGAAGCGUCUGCGCUAUCUCAUGGACACAGGUAAUAACAAGGAAGAGGAGGAAUCCAUGAUGCAGGAAUGGUUCACACUGGUCAACAAGAAGAAUGCUCUUAUCCGCCGACAGAACCAGCUCUCUCUGCUGGAGAAGGAACACGAUCUGGAGAGACGCUUUGAGCUGCUGAACCGAGAAUUAAGGGCAAUGCUGGCGAUUGAAGACUGGCAGAAGACGGAGGCACAGAAGCGGCGAGAGCAGCUGCUGCUGGAUGAGCUGGUCAUACUGGUCAACAAACGUGACGCGCUGGUCAGAGACCUGGACGCCCAGGAGAAAGAGGCUGAAGAGGAAGAUGAGCACCUGGAGAGAACCCUAGAACAGAACAAAGGCAAGAUGGCAAAGAAAGAGGAGAAGUGCGUUCUUCAGUGAUGGUCAUUUCCGAAGCAACAAAGGAGCAAGAUGACGUGUACGCUACAAAGUCUUGAAAUGUAUUUGUGUCAUAGAGACUACACCAUACACUUUAUUAUUUUUGUUUUAAAUCUUCAUAUGUUGAUCUUUUUGUUAUGUAAGGGCUGAAGAACUGCUAAAUGCCCUGAGAUGCACCCUGUUUCAUUAAUACAAGAGAGAUUUAUUGUUUCACAUGAACAAAUGCAAACACAUUGUUACUGUUUGGUUUGUUGGAUUUCACAAACGAGGUACUUGAACUAAAAUUUGAGGAGAUGCAAAAAGCUGUACAAUUUCGAAAACUUUCUGACUAAAUGGUUAAAUCCAUUAUAAUUUAGAUUAAUCUGAACACUAAGACAUUCACAGUUUCUUUCUUACGGGAAAUUAUCACUCAAAGUUUCGGUACAGCGCAUAAACUGGGGACAUUUUCUGUUUGUGAAUAGGAUUGGGUUUCAAAAUCAUAUCACGUUUCAGUUUUAAGAAAAUCUAUCAGCAUGUUCUCCUCUAACAAGAGCUGAAAUGUUUUAAUUACUCAACUUUCUGUGUGUAGAAUAUUUGUGAAGGGGGACUUGUUGCAUUUACAAAAAAAAUAUUUUGUGUUUUACUGACUUUUUUUUAUGUUUAAUAUGUUUACCAAACAUUUUAGAGCUUUCUUUACUGAGAAGAGUGAAAUACUGCGAGUGCUUAAACAGAAAUAAACGGUCAUGUUGUACAUUUCAUUUCACUGUUUGAGCCUUAAAAAAGUAUGGAGAAAAAAACAACUUUAUUUUCAGAAGCUGCAGUCACGAUCAAAGUAAUUUAUUACUGUUUGCGUUUAUUACUGUUUGAGACGUUUUUAAAGUAACCAUUUUCUCAAUCCUGUACAUUUGCUCAAAAACUUUAAUAUUUAUUGUAUAGUUAGAAGGGAGGCUUUUCUUGUCCGCAUAUUUCACUUCUUUAUUGUAUGAGCAUCACUGGUUUAUUUAUUCAACUGUACUAUAAAUAUCACUGUUCAAUAAAAUUCAAAAUGAUUUCAUACUCAAAUCAAACAGCAGCUGGUGUGGUUCUGGAUGUUGCUAAUAGAUUUGGCCUUGUUUUUCUAAAGAAAAUUGUGUCAUCGUUUUUCAGCUGAUACUGAAUAAAGAAUUUGAAUUUUAAAACACGUUUAAUUUAGCCGUUUAUGCAGUUCUGUUCGUUUUUAUUAAAACAUUACAAAUAAUUGCA